AUGUCAACGCCUGCAUCCAUUAAAGCGAUGGAGAUUGCACGAGAAAAGGCUGCACGACGUCAUAGGCAAGGCGAUACAUCUGGACUGGCACCACUUACGCAACCGUGGUCACCCCGAUCUUACUACUAUGGAGUUUAUCGCGGAAAGAAUAUCGAUUUUACCACGGAUAAAGCAGGUGGCCGACAGUAUACUAGUUUUGAGGGUGGAAGGAAAGAAAUAGAGCCACGUUCACCGCCAAAACCGCUUACUCCACCUCCUGUUGAAGAUGUCCCAAUCGAUGUGGAUACCGAUGAUUACAAAGUAGAUGCCGAUGAAGUCAUUUGUUUUAGCGGUCGUCAACAUUUCCUCUCAAAUUUAUUUCCCGUUGCGCUAACUGUGGAUGGACAUGAGUAUCCGAGCGUGGAACAUUAUUAUCAAGCUUGUAAAUUGUAUACAUUAGGUGGUGCACGUUUUGCUGCACAACUUCGUAAUAUAUCUAAUGCUGGUUUGAUUAAAGUUCACACAAAAAAAUUGUUGCGUUCAGCGAACGUUUCAAUAGAGAAGGUGGAAGAAUGGAAGCGUACUCAGGGUCCAGUGCUGCUACAUCAUGCAAUAGUACACAAAUUUGUACAAAAUCCUCAACUUCGCACGAAACUUCUGGAAACAGGUAAUGCAUUGCUUGCACAUACGUACGAACGGGAUAAUAUCUUUGCUACGGGUUGCGACAAGGAGAAGAUGUUAGAAUGGGCGAAAAAUCAUAAUGGACAAAUAAUUAAGAUUCCGACCAAAAUAGAUAAUGGAACAUUGGUGUACAUUCCACUAGUAGGAGAAGGCAAAAAUGUUCUUGGUUUUAUCAACAUGAAGGUUCGUCAACAGCUCCUACAGUUUAAAGCAACACAAGCAACACAACCACCUUUAACAGAUCCGAUCAUGAUGGUGGCCAUGCAAACACUGAAACUGGAUAGUCCAACAAAAGCGGAGAGUAUGACAAACUGA